AUGUCUAACGUACCUGCCAACGACACCUGGACCUCCGUAGUCAACGUCUACGGGGAUGUCAUAUUUGUUGACAUCCAAAAUGCUGUUUCUCUCGGAAACACAUAUUGCUUCAACAUUGACUUAGAUUCUCCUGGCCCCAAGAAAAUUGUCUUCCGUGUGCGCCCACAGGUCAUUGACACCGAGUCUGACACCGAUUCUGAUGCCACGGAGAUUGAAACUGACAAUGAGGUUGGUGGGAAUGGAGAUGGCGGGGAUAUCAAGGUUGAAGAUGCGGAGAUUGGGAUCAGUGAGGUGAAGGUUGAAGAUGAUCAAGAUCUGGCUGUGAUCGGCCCAGACUUUGAGCCUGUAGUAGCCUCCCCUUGCACCCUGCUUACCAGGCGUUUAGGCAACCCCCAUCCAGAUCCCAAGAAUCCAACUGCGCCAUGGAGCUACUAUGUCAAGAAAAGGACAGAGGCGCUGGAGGACAACCAGGAGUCCCUCUGA